AGAUAAUAAGAAGCACUUAGCUCUGAUGGUAUAAAAAAAGAUGAGAACUGAAAAUUUAGUCAAUUGACACAAUGAGGUUGCUGGGAUCGAUUGUGCUCCUUUUGGUCGUGGGCUCUGCCCUGGCCUACAAAACUUACUCAGGAUACCAAGUCCUGAAGACGGCACCAUUGACUCCCAAUGUGAUGCCCUACAUCAACAAGAUGAGCCGCAUUUACGACUUCUGGGGCACCCCCGUCGUCGGCAGGCCAGCAACCGUGAUGGUCUCUCCUGAGGAGGCCUCCGUGGUCAACGCCGCAUUCAACAGGCUUCGCAUUUCUCACGAAAUCAUGAUUGAGGAUUUGGCUCCAAUUGUUGAGAAGGACUUCGCCGAGCAGGAGAGGCUGAUGCGCGCCAUCCCCCGCCAGCCCCGCGUCGCCGUUUACGAUCGCUACAUGACUUAUGACGAAAUCAAUGCUCACGUCCACGAGACUAUCGCUGCCAACCCCUCAGUAGCCAGCCUCGUUGACCUCGGAUUGUCCACCGAAGGUCGUGAGCUGCACGGCAUCAAGCUGAGCAACGGAGCCGCCGGACAGCCCACCGUGUGGUUCGACUGCGCCAUCCACGCCCGCGAGUGGAUCGCACCCCCCGUCUGCCUGAGGAUCAUCGACGAGGUGCUCGCUGACCCUGCCCUCCGCGACCUUGCUGACUGGUAUGUCUUGCCCGUCGCCAACCCUGAUGGCUACUCUUUCUCCACCACAGACAGCCGAUUCUGGAGGAAGACCCGUAGGCCCAACCCUGGCUCCACCUGCGUUGGCACCGACCCUAACCGGAACUUCGAUUUCCUGUGGGAUAGCGCUGGAGCUUACUGUGAUGAAACUUUCCCUGGCUCCUCUGCCUUCUCCGAGCCCGAGUGCGCUGGCAUCGGCAACUUCAUCGCCGCCAAUGCUGACAGCCUUGUUCUCUACGUUGCUCUGCACAGCUACGGAUCGCUCAUUUUGUAUCCCUUUGGUCACACCAUUGAACCAGUGCCCAAUGCAGAUGAUUUGUUCGCUGCUGGUCAAAAAUCUGCCGAUGUCAUCGCCUCUGUUAGUGGCACCGUUUACUCUGUUGAGAAUUCCGCCGCUGGACUCUACUUCACCUUUGGUGCAAGUGAUGACUACGCUUAUGGAAUUGGAGCUGCUGGUUACGCUUACACCUAUGAGCUUCCCGGAGGUGGACUUGCUGGCUUCAACCCUCCCCCUUCUAGGAUCCAAGGUGUCGUGGAUGAAACCUGGCCUGGCUUGAAGACUCUUGUCGAGUACACUAUUGCUAACCCUACCUUCCCCAUUCUCCCAACGAAGAAAUAAAUUAAAUGAGAUUUAUUAAAGAAAAAAAUUAUCUAGACAUUAAAUAAAAAACCUGUUUAAAUUUAAAUUUAAAUGAAUGAUCAAAAUUU